UGGGGGCAAAAUCGCGUCGGAAUUCACGGACGGCUGUCACUGCUUUUUCGUGACAGAUGUUUUGCGCGAUUAAUCCGCUUUGUUAAUUCGCGAUCGCGCGGUCGCGAGCGUGCACGGAUACACGAAUCUCCUUCUUCCGCGAUUUUUCGUGCGCGGUAAAGCCACGCGUCACUGCCCGUCUGUGUUGUCAUCGUGUCUCAAAAGUCGAGAUCCCGUCGGGAGAGUCAGGAGCAGACAGAGAAGGAGAGAGAGAGAGAGAGAGAGAGAGAGAGCGAGAGAGAGCGAGAGCGAGAGCGAGAGAGAGCGAGAGCGAGAGAGCGAGCGCCACCGGAGGAAGGAGAACGCGCCUCAUCAAAUGUCUCGGGGACGAGACGGUUAGAUAUCUUCGGUGGUAAGCGGAGAAAGAGAGAGAGAGAGAGAGAGAGAGAAGACAUCGAGAGGGAGAAAGAUAGAGUGACUUGGCCAGCUGGUGUGGCUUGCGAAUUCGUGGACCCGUCACAAACGCCAAGAAGCAUCGUCCGCGAAGCGCCCGAAACUCGUGGUGAGCGAUAAUAAUCGCUCGGGGAAGCUCAGCGGCGGCUGCGACGAUCCCGUGUCAUCAUCGCAGCGACAAUGGCAAAGACAUACGAUUAUUUAUUCAAGCUGCUGCUGAUCGGCGACUCCGGCGUGGGCAAGACUUGCGUGCUGUUCCGGUUCUCCGAGGACGCGUUCAACACCACCUUCAUCUCGACCAUCGGCAUUGACUUUAAAAUUCGUACCAUCGAAUUGGAUGGAAAGAAAAUUAAGUUACAAAUAUGGGACACCGCUGGACAAGAAAGGUUUCGCACUAUAACUACAGCGUACUAUCGUGGCGCGAUGGGAAUCAUGUUGGUGUAUGACGUUACAAACGACAAAAGUUUUGAAAAUAUUAAAAACUGGAUUCGUAAUAUAGAGGAGAAUGCGUCAGCGGACGUGGAAAAAAUGUUAUUAGGCAAUAAGUGUGAGCUUACAGAUAAGAGGCAAGUGACGAAGGAAAGGGGCGAACAACUGGCUGUGGAAUAUGGCAUUAAGUUUAUGGAAACCUCGGCGAAAUCUAGUAUCAAUGUGGAAGAGGCUUUUUAUACCCUGGCACGUGAUAUCAAAGCGAAAAUGGAAAAGAAACUGAAGGAGGCAUCGAAUCCACCGAAAGGCGGCGGUCAUCAGUUGAAAGCUUCAGAACCACAAAGGAAGCCACCUAGUUGGCUCGCCCGUUGUACUAUACUCUGACCCCCCAAAUAUUUUCAACUGUUCAAGGAGGCGCAUCUAUUUACUAUCAUUAUUUACUUAUGUUCAUUUCGUCGAACAAAACCGAUGUUCUGUGGAACUUUUCACAUCCCAAGUAUCGGGUAUAGUGGGUUUAUUCCUUGACAAUGAAACGCAUCGUAUUAAAGACUCGGAAAUUAUCUAUAUGAAUGUAUUUUUUUGCCGAAGAAACCCUCAGAGGAGAAAGUAUUAAAAUGUUUUAUUUUUAUUAUAUAGAAAGGGAGAGUGCAUACGUGUUGAUUCAUGCAAUUUUUACAAUUUGUUGUGAAAACAUUUUCUUGUUACUCAAUAUAAUUAAAGGGACUUAGGUGAAACAAUUUUGCGUUAGUUUAUGUUGACAGGAUUUAUAUCCUAUUGAUGUGAUCUAUAUCCUAUCGUAUCUCUUAACCCUAAUUGGUUCUCGCUCUAAAAUUUCCUUGACUGAUAUUUACAGAUCCAGUUUACUUUAAAUCAAUAUAUCUUUGCUUAAAGUUAAUGAUUUUUUGAUUUGAAGAUCAAAAUCG